AUGCAGCUGCUCAUCAACAGAAAGCUGAUUCCAUCAAAAACAUCAUUGUUGAUACGAAUCUCGAAAAGGAAAAUGAAAAAGAAAAAUCUGAAGUUGAUGAAGAUGAAUAACAAAUCAGAUGGUGAGCUGCAAGUUUUCAACAGAGAAGACGAAGAUACAUUUACAGAAAUCGUGAAGAAGCCAACCAAUGUUUGGUACCAAGGGUAUUAUUUUCGUAGGCGCUUCAGAAUGCUCAAAGGUUUAUUCGAACGUAUAGUUGAAGAUGUAACGAGGGAGUGCAGUUUUUUCCAACAACGUUACGAUGCUAGAGGUACACUCGGUUUCACUCCCUUACAAAAAUGCACGGCCGCACUUCGUCAGUUAGCAUAUGGCAUUCCACCUGAUGCGUUAGACGGAAGUUUUAGGAUGUCUGCUAGGAUAGCACGAGACAGUCUCCAUUUUUUCUGCAAAACUGUGAUUCAGUUUUAUGGUCCAAAAUAUUUACGUAAGCCUACACGUAAUGACAUCCUGCAAUUGCAAGCUCAUCAUGCUAGUGUGCACGGGUUUCCUGGAAUGCUAGGAAGCUUAGAUUGUCUCCAUUGGGCAUGGGAAAAUUGCCCUACAUCAUAUCAUGGGCAAUUUACCCGAGCUCCACAUGGUUCUAGACGAAAGAAAUUCAAAAGAGCUCAAGAAAGAGCUAGGAAGGAUGUUGAGCGUGCUUUUGGAGCUCUGAAGAAACGGUGGUUCAUAUUGAAAAAACCAGUAGCUUAUUUGGGCGUGGAAAAACUUCAAGAAAUCAUGUAUACAUGUAUUAUAUUGCAUAACAUGAUUAUUGAAGACGAAGGAAGAGCGAUAUGUGCGUUUGACGAGGAAGAAAUCAUACCAGAGACACAGCCAAUAGAACUUGGUGGCGAAGAGUAUAUAAACAGGAGAGAAGAGAUACAUUGCACUGAAACAUUUCACAAUCUUCGCAAUGACUUGGUGGAACACAUUUACGGGGUUCAAAACAUUAACCUUAAUUUGGAUCCACCGGAUGACCCCGAAAACGAGUUCUCGGAGAACGACUUUAUGUAG